AUGGGACCGUGGAUCAGUAAUUUACAACACUCUUCAGGUCAAAUAUAUCCUUCAAUGAUGGUUUCGUGUACGGGCAGCACACAUCCUGAGUUAGCAUUUCCCCACUUCUGUUCGCGACCCUUCAACACAGCGUCAGUCAGACAUAAACUAGACGGAGAAACUGUGAUCUGCCGUUUUAUUCAAAAAGGCUAUUUUUGUGAAUUGGUUUUCUACAUCGGCUAUAAAUUUUGA